AUGAGGCUCUAUACUGUACCACGAUGUUAUAACGGAAAAAACAAAAGUCAUCCAGACCAGAGCGCAUCAGCUUGUACGCCGACUGCUGCGCCUAUGCCUUGUUCUACUCUUCCCCCUGCAUUUCUUCAUCCACUUGUAAAAGGAGAUGACGCUAUCAGUGGUCCUGCUCCACCUGGAGUAGAAAAGGCAGAUGAGGAAGAUAAGUUUUUGUGGCCUACACAAAUGGUUUUUCUGCUAUUGUCUAAAUUCGAAGAGUAUAGGCCACAAUUUGAUGCGGGGGAGAAAACCCAGUCAUUGUGGUUACAAAUUGUAGAAGAUAUUAAAAAGCUAACUGGAUCUACCCUUUCCCAUAGUCAACUUCAGUCAAAGCUAAAUGGCCUCAAAAACCGUUACAAAAUAAUAUUGGCGAGGAAGGGUAGAUCUGGCAGAGGCACUAUUAGAUGGCCGUACCUAGAGAGGAUGGAAGAAUUAUUUGGUCGCUGCGCAUGGGCCAACCCCAAGGCCACUGCUGACGAAAGGGGCCCCAUUCAGCCAGAACCCAUUACCAGAAAAAUUAAGAAAACAGAUGUCACUGCCCUAGAAAAAUUAAAAUUACGGAAAGAGAAAGAGGAUCGCAGUAGAGCCAGAGAAGAAAAACGUAUGCAGGCACUGCAGGAAUUGAUGGAAAUGAAGGAAAGGCACCAUAAAGAAAAAAUGGAUGCUCUAAAGAAGAUAGGCGAGGCUUUGGCAGGGCGUAAAUUACUUGAAGAUGGAAACUAG